CGGGCGGGCAGGCGGGCGGGCCGCCUGGCCGGAUCGCGCCCGGCUCCCCUUGUCGCUUUGCUGGACAAAGAAGUGUUUCUGCGUUUGCGACUCUCGCACGAGGAGCCAGCGGCGUAUUUUUUAAAUUUCUCUCCUUUUUCUUGGGGACUUUAGUGGCUCUUGGAUCAGAAGCAGACCUGUAAAGAUGUUUAUGUGGUGGUCCGCUGUUUUAUUUCUUGGAUGCAUUUUGUUGGGAACAGAUGGGUGGCCAGCCAAGGAAGGAUACGACUUUAAGCCCUAUCAGCCUCUAGUAAGAUUACGUCACAAGCAAGAAAAGAAUCAGGAAAGUUCAAGAAAUAAAGGGUAUAUGGGUCAGGAUGGCCAUAUUGGAUCAUGCGAAAACAAGUACUGUGGUCUGGGUAGACACUGCGUUGUGAAUGGGGAGACUGGCCAAGCGGAAUGUCUGUGCAUGGAGCAUUGCAAGCCACACUUCAAGCCUGUAUGUGGUUCUGAUGGUGAAUACUACGAAAACCACUGUGAAGUGCACAGGGCUGCCUGCCUGAAGAAGCAAAAGGUCACCAUUGUACACAAUGAAGACUGUUUCUUCAAAGGGGAUAAAUGUAAACCUACCGAAUACAACAAAGUAAAAAAUAUGUUCCUGGAUCUACAAAACCAGAGAUAUGUUGCACAAUCAAAAGAUAAAAACAUUGAUGAGAAAGUGUCUUUAAAGAAACUUCUCGUAGAUCACAUGUUUAAUUAUUUUGAUUCUGACAACAAUGGACUUGUGGAUAGUAACGAAUUAUCUCAGGUAAUAAAACAGGCUGAGCUUGGCAAGGAUCUGUCUGACUGCUCUCUGUUCGAUUUGCUGAAAUAUGAUGAUUAUAACAGUGACAAGCACCUAGCUCUGGAAGAAUUCUAUAGAGCUUUUCAGGUGGUUCAGCUGAGUCUGCCAGAAGAUCAAAAAAUAAGCACCACUGCAGCAACAGUAGGACAAAGUGCUGUCUUAAGUUGUGCGAUUCAGGGCACUCUGAGACCUCCUAUCAUCUGGAAGAGGAACAAUGUCGUUCUGAAUAACUUAGAUUUGGAAGAUAUCAAUGAUUUUGGAGAUGAUGGGUCCUUGUACAUUACUAAAGUUACCACAACUCAUAUGGGAAAUUACACCUGCUAUGCUGAUGGCUAUGAUAAGCUCUAUCAAACUCAUUUUCUCCAAGUGAAUGUUCCACCAGUCAUCCGAGUCUAUCCAGAGAGCCAGGCGAGGGAGCCAGGUGUGACAGCUAGCCUUCGGUGCCAUGCUGAAGGUAUUCCCAACCCGCAACUUGGCUGGCUGAAGAAUGGAAUUGAUAUUGCUCCUAAAUUAUCCAAACAGCUAACUCUUCAAGCAAAUGGCAGUGAGGUUCACAUUAGCAAUGUGCGCUAUGAAGAUACAGGAGCAUAUACUUGUAUUGCAAAGAAUGAAGCAGGGGUGGAUGAAGACAUUUCUUCUCUUUUUGUGGAAGAUUCUGCUCGAAAGACCCUUGCAAACAUAUUGUGGCGAGAGCAAGGUCUGGGAAUUGGGAACAUGUUCUAUGUUUUUUAUGGAGAUGGAAUCAAAGUAAUACAACCAGUGGAAUGUGAAUUUCAAAGGCAUAUUAAGCCCAGUGAAAAACUCCUCGGUUUGCAGGAUGAAGUUUGUCCAAAAGCUGAAGGAGAUCUUGUUCAGCGGUGUGUAUGGGCGACUGCUGUUAAUGUAAAAGACAAGUUCAUUUACGUAACUCAGCCCACACUCGACAGAGUGCUUAUUGUUGAUGUGCAGUCUCAGAAAGUUGUACAGGCAGUAAGUACAGAUUCUGUUCCAGUGAAACUACACUAUGAUAAAUCACAUGAUCAAGUCUGGGUGCUGAGCUGGGGAAAUAUGGAAAAGAAUUCACCAACUUUGCAGGUGAUAACACAAGCCAGUGGGAGUGUUUCUCAUCACACAAUCCAUACUCAGCCUGUGGGAAAGCAGUUUGACAAAGUGGAUGACUUUUUCAUUCCUACUACCACCCUCAUCAUUACCCAUAUAAGGUUUGGAUUUAUUCUUCAUAAGGAUGAACCUGUGCUCCAGAAAAUUGAUCUCGAAACUAUGUCGUACAUCAAGACAAUUAAUUUAAAGGAUUAUAAUUGCAUUCCUCAGUCACUGGCUUAUACACAUCUUGGAGGAUAUUUUUUCAUCUGCUGUAAGCCUGAUACCACUGGGGCUGUUCUACCACAGCUUAUACUGGAUAGCGUUACUGAUUCUGUGAUUGGAUACAAUGGUGACGUAACUGGCACGCCGCACAUCUCUCCAGAUGGACACUACCUUGUCAGCGUUGAUGAUGCAAAAGGUCUUAUGAGGAUCCAGUCCAUUACAAUGAGAGGAGAAAUACAGGAUGCAUUUGACAUUCAUACUAAUUUGCACAUAUCUGACGUAGCUUUCCAGCCAUCAUUCACUGAAGCCCAUCAAUACAACGUCUAUUGUAGCUCCAGUACGCAGACUGAUGUUCUCUUCAUAGAGCUCUCCUCUGGCAAGGUUAAGAUGGUGAAGAGUCUCAAGGAGCCUGUCAAGGCAGACGAAUGGCCUUGGAACAGUAAGAACCGUCUUAUAAAAGACAGUGGCCUUUUUGGUCAAUAUCUCAUGACCCCUUCCAAGGAAUCUCUGUUUAUCCUGGAUGGACGGCUCAAUAAGUUAAAUUGUGAAAUCACUGAAGUUGAGAGAGGCAACACAGUCGUUUGGGUUGGGGAAGCAUAAGGAUCUAUGUUAGAUAUUUACUGAAUUAAUAGUUUUACAGUACAUUGCACUUAACAUUACAUCAUUCUUAAAAUUUACACAAAUUUCAUUUUAAAUGUUAGACCCUUCUAUACCUCUUAUUUCUUGGACUUGAACAUAAUUUGAAUCAACUUUGACAUAAAAAUUACUAAAGAAAUGGUUAUUUGAUAAUGAUACUCUUUAUUAACUAUCAGCUGAGAUUGUAUUAGUUGACUGGGAUUACCAAAUGUUGAAAUUCAUGAUAAGUAUCAUACAUUAUUUUAAAGGAAGUAGGAAAAAAAACAUAAAGCUUCAGGGAAUUUAAUAGGACCCUUUGCAUUUGUAAAAUGAAGGCUUAAAUAUUAUUCAAAUAUUGGUUUGAUUUGCUUCAGACACAAAAAUAAGAGAUGUCGUGCAACUUUUGACUCCUUAAACUGAAAUGUUCUGUACUGUUCUGUCCAGUCCACUGUUUAAUCUUUUUGUGCCUUGAAGCGAAAGUCUCACAAGAAAGGUAAAGCAUAGAAAUUGUAUAAUCUAUUCCCAUUGUGGCUACAGGAUUGGUUGUCAUUGGAGAGAAACUUUUCGUAUCAAAUUUAUAGUCUCAACUUGUUGAACAUACAAAAAGAAAAAAAGGAGAAAUUGUAUUUGCAGUGCACUGUUUUCUGAUCACUGCAAUUUGAGGAGUUUGUUUUUUAUGGUGUAUUUUAGUUCAGAUACAGUCAGCUGCUUGCAGAAACUUAACCUUUUUUUAGAAAAAAAAUAGGUGUUAGGAUUUCAGCUAUCACAGGGUUUCAUUAACAAGGCGUUUGAGUUCUACUAAAGAGAAACAUUGCACUUAUCUGUUCAGAGUAAACCACAUUCUGAAAACCUGACAUUAUGAAGCUUCACUUAUACAGGCAAGAAAACUGUUAUUUAAAAAUAAAAGAAUGCAUUUUAAGAAACUGGAAACCGAGAGAACUGAAGUCUGCAACCGGUGGAUAACAUUUUUGCUUAUGCAUUUUACCAUUGACCCGUACUUGUUAAGUCAUUUGGUUAACUCAACAGAUUUUCUAUUCCAGGCAUCCAAUUGGAUUAGUGCAAAAAAACAACAAAAACUUUGUAUUUUUUAUAGUUUGUUAGCUUAGUAUUCUGACUUUAACAAUGCUUACGCAUCUAAAUGGGAAUAAUAGGAUUCUCAGAAUAACAAUAACCAGUAGAACCAGAAAUCCAGCAGUAAAACAACUAUCCAGACCUAGAGCAAUGACUUAAAAGUUUGGGGUUUUUUUUAUUUUUUAUUAUUUUUUUCUUAAAUAAUGCUUAUAAGCUCUUAAACUGACCAUUUACUAAAGGCAAUCAGAAAGAAAUAUCUUUUUUUAAACAAAAUUUUACUCCAGUUUAGAUUGUGUAAAAUUGCUUAGAAAUCUGGAAUUUUCUAGCAUUGUAAUCUCGUGUGUAUUUAGCAUCCUGCCCUGUGUGAUACGGUAGAUCUCUUUAGCUUGAGCAGACUUCCUGGUAGGUAGAUUUAACUAAAAUAAAAGUCUGCUUACAUUUCUAACCGCUGCAUCUGUUUUCCUUUUUAACAAUUUUUCUCCAUUGUGAACAAACAAGAACCAUGUAAACGGUCUGUUACUCAGUUAUUUACAGUAGUCUGUCUCCUGCAUUUUUCUUCUGUAACUUACACCAUGUGGAUGUUCUGUAUGUAGAUAAUGCUUGACAAAAGGAGAAUAAACCCCAUAAGUUUUAAACA